ACUGCCACCAUAACUCUCUGGUCCAACUUUCCCGCCACUAUUACUGACCCUAUUCAUGUCGAUUUAUUUGAAGAUACAGAGGAGAAGGGAAGGUGACUGAGGGGAAAAGGAAACAACAUGGCAUGCUUUGUUCCUUUUGAUAACAGAAACUUGGAUAUAAGCUUCUUUGUUUUCAGGCCAACAGUAGUACUCGUUGACGAACUCACUGAAUCACUCAAGCAUUUCUCUCUGUGCACUGAAAGUCUUGGUUGUGUUCAGAGUUCUAUUUUCAAGAGCAUCCAUGGAAACAUGAUCAUAUGGUAUGGAGGAUGGAUGAAGAAAUCUGCUGAAAACAAAGACCUGUUGACUUCAACCUUAUUGUCAAUGUUAGCAGAUGUGUUAAGCACGGCAGUCCUAAUUGAACACCACUUCUCGGAUGCAUAUGGUGGAGAAUCAAGAGAUGGAACCUCAGCAGCCAAGUUCACCACAGGUGACAUAAUCUCCAUGAACAUCAUCGAACCUUCGUCGGGGGACCUAAACGACCUGUCCUAUGCCAACUUAGCGCUCUUCAAGUCCCGUUUCUUGAAGAUGGAAGGGGCAAGAGCAGGGGUUUGCUUGAAGUGCCUUAGCAUGCCAAAAGUGGCAUGUCUUUAUGUAUGGAAAUCACUCCAAUUCUGCUAUUCAUGGAUCCUCAACACAGAUUACAGGCGGACCAUGUUACCCUAUCUAGAUCGAUUCUCUCUUAGUAUUAAGUAUGACAUCUUUUGGGUAGUCUAUGUUAGCUGUGAAAAUGUACUGAAUUAUCAUGUGCCAACACCUCAGCAGGCAUUAGAAAAUAGAGGAGAAGCCAAAGAGGAAAGGCAGAUCAUCCCAAGUUGAAUGAAGUAUUGUAUCAAUCUUUUAAAUCAACUUACGGCUAGUGUAACUUACAUCAGUACUUAUAUUAAUCAAUAAUGUUAUGUACA